AUGGUGUAUUACUUCACGUCCAAUGUCGUGGAGCCCGCGGGCUUCAUCUACGUGGGCAAGGACAAGUUUGAGAACGAGGAUCUCAUCAAGUUUGGCUGGGAGGAAGAUAAAUGCUCACAUUACGGCUCCCAGUUUCACGUCGACAAGCUCUCCAGCGCCCACAUCUACCUGCGCAUGCAGCCGGGCCAGACAUGGGACAACCUGCCCGAGGAGCUGGUCAUGGACUUGGCACAGCUCACAAAGGCAAACUCAAUAGAAGGCAAUAAAAAGGACAACAUCACCGUCAUCUACACCCCCUGGUCAAACCUCAAGAAAGACGGCAGCAUGGACGUCGGCCAAGUCAGCUUCCACGACCAACGAAAAGCAAGCCCUCUCCCCCCCCACAAUCAAACAACACAGGUCAAGCGCGUCCUCGUCCCCCAUCGCGAAAACCCCAUCGUCAACCGCCUCAACAAGACAAAAGUCGAAAAGAAGCCCGAUCUCAAGGCCGAGAGGGACGACAUGCUCAAGGAGCUGCGUAAGAGAGAACAGGCUGCCCAGCAGAUCAAGAAAAAAGAAGAGCAGCGACAGGCACAGGAGUGGAAGGAAAAGAAAUGGCAAAAGGAUCACGCGUAUGACGACUUGUUUACCGACGAGAACAUGGCUGCGUCGAGUAACCAAGACCGGGCGGAGGACUGGGAAGAAGACUUUAUGUAA